CGCUCAAGCCCGUGCGCUCCCAGGACAGGCUCGGAAGCUGCUGGACCCCCCCGGGAAGCGGAGGAGUCGCUCACAGACCAGGGUGCUGCAAUCUCGGCCAGCGGAGGACCAUCCUUGCCGCUCCGCGUCGCGGCUGCGAGAAGAGGACAAGGGCAUGCUGGGCGGCGGCAGUGACGCGGGCCUGGCCACCGCCGCCGCGCGGGGGCAGGUGGAGACGGUGCGGCAGCUCCUGGAAGCCGGCGCGGAUCCCAACGCCGUCAACCGCUUCGGGAGGCGCCCAAUUCAGGUCAUGAUGAUGGGCAGCGCCCAGGUGGCAGAGUUGCUGCUGCUCCACGGAGCGGAACCCAACUGCGCCGACCCUGCCACUCUCACCAGACCUGUGCACGAUGCCGCUCGGGAGGGCUUCCUGGACACACUGGUGAUGCUGCACAAGGCAGGGGCGCGGCUGGAUGUGUGUGACGCCUGGGGCCGCCUGCCGGUGGACCUGGCUGAAGAGCAGGGCCACCGGGAUAUUGCGAGGUAUCUGCAUGCUGCCAGUGGAGACUGAUGCCAGGUUCCUCAGCCUCCCGCAAGGACUUUUUCUCACCCCAGCACCGUGUAGGCAGACUGCAAGCAUGAAGGGAGCUGUGUACAACCUGCAAGACUUCCAAAACUCAAAGCCUACCCAGGACGGCAAAGCCAAUCAGAAUUAACUCCCUAAGUGUUUUCCUGCAUCUGGAUCUGGUCCUCUGCCCUCACCCUGAAGCCAAAGGGAUCACCAAUUUGAUUUCAUACUGUGUGAAGUUCCCGGGGGGCUCGUUACACCGGGCAUGGUGUAAAAUAACAAGGGAAGUUCUUGAAUCUCCACAAUAUGAUGUUGCAGUGGGAAGGGGGAAUUGAAGACAUUUGGGAGGGAGCUGUCAGUACCUCCCCAGGUGAACUCCAAAUGCAGAUGGUUCACAGGCUAGAGGGGAACCCUGGAGUCUAGAUGGAUACCACCAAAGUGCACCUGGGACUUUAAGCGCUGUGAUGUGCCCAUGGUGAUUCACCUGCAAAAUGGCAUUCUGUUGAAACUGAGGACUCGCCCCCAGCUCCACCUGGAAGAUAGUGUAAGAAGAUGAAGGCAGAUCUCUGUUGAACUCUGUGAACCAUGGUGCUUGAUGCUCUGGUUCCUGACAGACUCACCCUACACAAAGUUCAGUGGUGAAUUCAUAUAUAGCUACUUGUUCUAUGUAAAAUAGCUUAAGAACCCCUUUAGGUAGGCAUUUCCUACAUUUGAAUUCUUUAGUAACAGUGUAUUUAAUGAGUUAAGCUUUUAACAGUGUAACUUCUGGUCCUCAGCAGAGGUGAGACUGAGGUGCAGCUUGUUAUUCUAUGGUUGUUGUUUUUUUCCCUUCCCUUUUUUUCCUUCUUUUUUAAGGCAGCACUUUCCGCCGUAGCUCAAGCUAACCUCAAGUCAGGGCACCCCUGCCUUAGCCCCCUAAGUACUGGGCUUGUAGCAGGCACCCCUUCUGUAAUACAGUGUCUUAGUCAAACUAUGACAUGUGGUAACUCCUAGUGGCAAUGCACACUCUGCUUUUGUCCUUGACCUGUUUAUUUCUCUCAUCUUUGCUUCCUGUAUAGUGAGUGUCGGGGGGGGAGCUAUUCUAGGUGCCCUUUUAAAUGGCACAUGUACCUGUUCUACCCAGCUUCAGUGGGCUAUCUCCUAGAAUUUAGGACAAAGAGGUAGGGUAUGAACUUACUGAAAUUAAACGACAGCUUGUGAGCUGCCUUGCUUGUCUACUGAACAAACUGUGGAUACACUCUGUGGGGCUUCCAUUUGGCUUGGUUCAUUACAGCAUUGACACGACUGAUUCAUCCUUGUUUUAAUAAA